GAAGGACAACUCUCCAGCAACUGAUACUUGAAUUUCUUACAGAAAACUCCAUUUCACCAAAUCUAUAUUAAACAACUCAAUUAAACUCCUAACAGAAAAAUAAAAAAUUAUUCAAUAUGUUAGUCUAUAUUUCACUCUUCUCUUCCUUUAUAUUUCCUAUUGUUAUCACUAAUCUUUCCCUCAUCACAUAUUCCUCUAUUCCAUCUCAUGUAUUCACUUCGUAGCCGGAAAUCCCCAGUCCUCUUUUCCCCCAACUUUCUCAAGAUGAAGCACAGUGGCAGGAAGAACAACAAUUUUUCCAUAUUUGUAGUUGUAUUCUCCAUAUUCCUAUUUGGAUGUUUCAUGUACAAUGAAGACGUCAAGACAAUUGCUGAAUUCCCAUUUUCCAUGGCCAGAAAUCAAGAUAUUAGCAAUGAAUCGUUGAAUCAAGAAAAUGGAGUUAAAGAAAUUAUUCCAAACAUUGGUGAUCAUGAGAGCAAAGUCUCAUCCGUCGUGAUGAAUUCAAGAACGGAGAAAGAAACAGAGCAGGCGAAGGAGGAAAAGAUUGAAAUGCCUACUGAAGAAGAAGAGGAGAAUAUUGAGUUGCCACCGGAAGAUUGUGAUCUUUUUACAGGGGAAUGGGUUUAUGACAAUGUCACACACCCAAUUUAUAAAGAACCAGAAUGUGAGUUUCUCACAGCACAAGUCACUUGCAUGAGGAAUGGAAGACAAGACUCCAUGUAUCAGAACUGGAGAUGGCAACCCAGAGACUGUUCUUUACCCAAAUUUAAACCAAAAUUGCUGCUUGAGAAACUGAGGAACAAGAGACUUAUGUUUGUGGGAGAUUCGCUGAACAGAAAUCAAUGGGAAUCCAUGAUUUGUUUGGUUCAAUGCGCGGUUCCUCCCGGCAGAAAAAGCUUAAACAAGAAUGGUUCUUUGUCUGUUUUCAGGAUUGAGGAUUAUAACGCCACAGUGGAAUUUUACUGGGCUCCAUUUCUGGUGGAGUCAAAUUCAGAUGACCCAAACAUGCAUAGUAUAUUGAACCGAAUUAUCAUGCCCGAAUCAAUCGAAAAACAUGGGAAGAACUGGAAGAAUGUGGAUUAUCUCGUCUUCAACACAUACAUUUGGUGGAUGAAUACUUUCGCCAUGAAAGUUCUACGAGGGUCAUUCGAUGAAGGAGCCACAGAAUAUGAUGAGAUCGAGAGACCAGUUGCAUAUCGGAGAGUUUUGACAACAUGGUCGCAGUGGGUAGAAAACAAUGUGGAUGUCAAUAACACCAAAGUCUUCUUCAUGAGCAUGUCUCCCCUUCAUAUAAAGAGUUUGGAUUGGAACAAUCCUGAUGGGAUAAAAUGUGCAAAAGAGACAACCCCAGUGUUAAAUACAUCAAUGCCGCUUAGUGUUGGUACAGACAAAAGACUAUUUGUGGUAGCAGCAAAUGUUACUCAAUCCAUCAAUGUCCCUGUUUAUUUCCUCAAUAUCACCACCCUAUCUGAGUACAGGAAAGAUGCACACACCUCUGUCCACACCAUUCGACAAGGAAAAAUGCUGAUGCCGGAGCAGCAAGCUGAUCCAGCUACCUAUGCUGAUUGUAUUCAUUGGUGCCUCCCAGGAUUGCCUGAUACUUGGAAUGAGUUCCUCUAUUCGCGUAUUAUAUCCCAUUCUUGACACUAGGCAUAUUUUUCCUAUAACAGUGAUGUCGAUCAUUUUAUGCGCAUUUCAAUUAUGAUCCUUCAUUGUGCAGCUUCACUCCAAUUUCUAUAUUUUUUUUAGGGGGUUUAAGAACCACAAUUCUAAUUUUGGUGCUUUCUUGUUAAGUCCUUGUUAUCUUUUCCUAAAGAAAAGGAAAAAAAUCUUGUAGCUGUGAUUGCCCAUUUGCCCUGAGUUUUAUGGUGGUCCCAAAGAUCUUGUUGAUGUGCCUGCUCUUGGGCUUUGGAGUGGUUCCCAUAUCUUUGUAUAACGUUGGGCUUUUGCUUAUCUUUUCCAUUUCAUAGGGCCUCUGAUGAAGAAGCAGGUCACACACAAGAAAGAGUCUGGCGGUUGGGUAAACAUCAAUCUAAUUACAACCAUUGUACAAUGAAAUUCUAUUUUGAAGAAAAUAAAUGAAUAAUAUAUACCGAACUUAACAGUG